UGGGCCGCACGAAGAAUGGCGAGCGCCGUGGCCCGGGCCGGCCCUCAUCGCCCUUCCUGGCGUUUGACCGCGGGGGUGGAUAGGAGGAGAGGCGCUAGAGCCUGAUUCUGGGAGCACCGUGGCCUUGCCGCUCCCCUCUUCCGCUUGUCGCGGGAGACUGAAGCGAAUGCCUCCGGCUCCUGCGGUUAAGAAAGAGCGGGGCGGCUGCCGCGACGACGUGGCUUCGCUGCCUGUUGUUGUUGUUGUUUCCCGCGCCUGGCCUCUUACACCAAGAGCCCGCCUGAGGCCUACUAAUUGAGCAAGAGGGUCAAUAAGGACCCGCUGGCCAAUUGCCAGAAAAUUAGCAAGAGGCUUCGGUUCCCAGUUACUUAAUAAUAGCUAUUUUUAGGGCUUUGUCGAACUGUCAGGGUCCCUGGUGAGAGAUGCAAGUUUGAUGCUUGUGUAUGUGGGUCAUCCCGAGGUAUUUGUUUAUUUGAUCAUGCAGGCUUUUCGCAAAGAAAAAGCUACGCAGGUUGGCUCUUGGCGCUCAGGAGGUAAUUGGCUGGACUCCCUGAGCCAUCAUAGUGUAUUUCGCUCUAAUUGGUGGCCUCUGGGGUUUUGAUAAAAACAACAGAGUAGCUUUCUCAAGGUUGAAGUCUGCUGUGCUCUUGAGGACUACUACUUAUGGUAUUAUUUUUGCUUUUCCUCUGAAUAGCUCAUGGAUUCUCUCUCUUACUCCUCCUAAUUUUAUUUCUCAGAACAAACUUGUGAGGUAGGUAGACUGAGUGUGUGUGGUUGUCUCAAACUUUUCAACUUCUCUUGGGCUUUCUUCCAACACUAAUCACUGAGUAUAUGGAUUGGCUUGCCAGUUGUACAGUUUAAGGUAGACAUUUUCAAAAGUUAAAGACCUGAAUUCCCUCUUUAAACCUACUCUGCAAGUAGGACCUACUUCUUACAAUAGAUGUUUGGGCUUUUUUCAGAUUAAUCUCUCUCUUUUUUUCCUCCAACUUUGGUUCUUUUCACUCUGAUUUCAGAAACUUUGUACCUAUGAACAGAUGCUGAGAGCUUUGGUUUGAGCCAGCAAAACUGUCCUUAUUUUUUACUUUCUCCUUUCUUUCUAUUCUUUGAAACAAAUAGCUCCCAUCUCUGUUAAUAAAAGAAGAAAAUAAAUGGUGGGAUGAUCUGGAAGAAUUUAUGUUAAACUGUGAUAAACUUCUAACCCUGUAGUUGAACCCUGUCAGUAUCCCAAUAUGUAAUGGAUAGAUGGUGCAGCAAAAUGUUUAGGGCAUCAGAGGACUUACUGUAGCCACCAUCUAAUUGUAUCUCGUUGCAUUAUUUUACUAAAACUCAAGAUGGAUAACAGUUACUAGAUCACUGGAGACUAAUCUUCUCCAGCCUGGUCCAAAACAUCUGGAGGACACAUCAACUUGCAUUAGCUCCAGAAAGCAUAGGAAGCUGUUGUGAAUGUUGGGAGUUGUUAUCCAAUUAUCCAGUAUAUGUGGAGGGAAACAGGUUGGGGAAGACUGAUGUAGAUCCUUAUGAACUUUUACACUAAUUUCAGUUUUUGACUGGUAGAACAAUACUUUGUUUUACACAUCCACAAACCAGCUUACCUUUUCUGUGUGUGUGUGUGUGUUUAAAUAUACUAAUUAUUGCUCUUACCUGUGUUUGGAAUGCUUGUUUUUGGCAAACAAGUUUUAGGGCACACUGUUUUGCCUUUCCCAGAAAACAUGUAUGAAAACCAUUUAUAAUAGGAUUCUUCUUUUGAACAGUGUUCCCUUGUUCUCUUCCUGUAUUUUUUAAAAUCCAUGAAAAUUAUGGGAAGUUGGGAACUCUACAUCAUGGGCCUAUAGACAUGUGCAGAACAUAUGGGCAAACUUAGAAAAAGGCAGUGUACACUUUACACAAUGUGGAAUGUAUGCAGUAUUCUUACGAAUUAUAUUACAUGUUGAAGGUCCUCAUGAAAGUGUGUGCAACUUAGGAAAAGUGGGUUUUCGUUACAUUUUGUGCAGUAUUUAACAUCUUUAUAGUAUUUUUAAUCUUGCAAAGAGUGCAAUAGUUUAAUUGUUUCUGCUUUCACUAUAACCAUGUCAGAUUGAAUACUGUAAUUCAUAUUUAAAAUGGUAAUAUGCUAGAUCUUACAUCAUUAAUUUAUCUGCUGUGGCAACUUUGCAUGUGGUUACGCUCAGAAAAAUCGUAGUCAAAGGGAUGUGUACCCAAACUAUAAUGAUAGAUUAUCUUGCACACCAAAUUCCAAGACCACAAUCCAUGCAUACACAGCUUGGAGUAAGAUAAUUGAACUCAAUAGACUUAUGUCUGUUCAAUAUGCAUGGGAUUCUGCCAUGAGGGUUCCUUUGUAAAUUAUUUUGUAGUAAAUGCAUCAGCGUGUAUAUUUGAUUUCUCUGAGACCCUAAUUCAUCUGUUUGAAUUCCUCACAGAUGUUUUGCCUGGAUUUUUCAAAGGCUGGAAUUCCUCUUUUGUGGUGGUGGUGUCUCAUAUAAACUGCAGUCAGUUUGAAGCAGAACACACUCAGAAGACCAUUGCAUUUUCUGCAUCUUCAGUAUCUUCUCUCUAAACACAGUUAAUUUUCUAGUACUCUGCACAGAUUUGCAAUACUUCUGCAAACCACAACUUUGAAUGGUUUACCAUUGGAGCACCCAAGUAGUUAGGAAGGAUAAUUCCCUUUAUGGACUUCAACUAUAAAAACAUUAUUAAAAGAUCCAUAAUAAGAGAAGGCAUGUUCUAUGUCUUUGAAUGCUACUUUUAGGAACCUGCUAACAUGGCCUUUUCUUCCAGGAAAGAAACCACUUUCUACCUGCGUCUACAAUAUAGAUAAGCCCACUUUCUUUGCUCGCUACUUGCAUUAUCUUCUUUUCUAGCUAUGGCAGCUGCUACAAUCGUUCAUGACACUUCUGAAGCUGUGGAGCUCUGUGGUCCAUAUGGACUGUACCUUAAACCUAUUACAAAAAUGACUAUCAGUGUGGCCCUUCCACAGUUGAAGCAACCAGGGAAGUCCAUUUCUAACUGGGAGGUGAUGGAAAGGCUGAAAGGAAUGGUGCAAACGCAUCAAUUCUCAACAUUACGGAUUUCCAAAAGCACCAUGGAUUUUAUUCGCUUUGAAGGAGAGGUAGAGAAUAAGAGUUUGGUUAAAUCCUUCCUUGCAUGCCUAGAUGGCAAAACUAUAAAACUUAGUGGUUUUUCAGACAUUUUAAAAGUUCGUGCUGCAGAAUAUAAAAUUGAUUUUCCUACUCGACAUGACUGGGACUCCUUUUUUCGUGAUGCAAAAGAUAUGAAUGAAACUCUGCCUGGGGAAAGACCAGACACUAUUCAUUUGGAGGGCUUACCUUGUAAAUGGUUUGCACUGAAAGACUCUGGCUCAGAAAAACCAAACAAUGAAGUUCUCAUUAAGGUAUUUAGUAAAUUUGGGGAAAUUCGUAAUGUGGACAUACCUAUGUUGGAUCCAUAUAGGGAAGAAAUGACUGGCAGAAACUUCCAUACAUUCAGUUUUGGAGGCCAUCUGAAUUUUGAAGCUUAUGUUCAAUAUGAAGAAUAUGCAGGUUUCAUCAAGGCUAUGAGUGCAUUGCGAGGCAUGAAGCUGAUGUACAAAGGUGAAGAUGGCAAAGCAGUCGCUUGUAACAUAAAGGUAUCUUUUGAUUCAACAAAACAUCUGAGCGAUGCCUCAAUUAAGAAACGUCAGCUUGAAAGGCAGAAACUCCAAGAACUUGAAAAACAAAGAGAAGAACAAAAACGUAAAGAAAAAGAAGCAGAGGAAAGGCAAAAAGAAGAAGAAAGGAAACAGAAAGAACUUGAAGAAUUAGAAAGAGAGAAAAAAAGGGAAGAAAAAUUGCGAAAAAGAGAACAGAAACAAAGGGAUCGUGAAAUUCGUAAAAACAAAAAAAGGCUUGAAAGAAUACAAGCUGAAGAGCAAAAAAAACUUCAGGAAAAAAUAAAACUAGAGGAGCGGAAGCUUCUUUUAGCUCAGAGAAACCUUCAGUCCAUUCGACUAAUUGCUGAAUUGUUGAGCAGAGCCAAGGCAAUAAAGCUUUUGGAACAAGAACACCAUGAGGAAAAAGUCCGCCUUCAGCAGUUGGAAGAGAGGAGACGGGUGCAAGAAGCUGAACUUCGACGUGUAGAGGAAGAAAAGGAAAGAGCUCUUGGACUGCAAAGAAAAGAGAAAGAAUUGAGAGAGAAACUGUUAAGCAAUCUCAUGAGCAAGAAAAUAGAAGUAACCUAUCAGAAAAACACUGAACCUAAUACACUGCAAUCUACCCCUUUGAAAACGCUUGUGUGUAUUCCAUACUGCAUCACAUCUACCUCAGUACAGUCUGUUUUGGCAAAACCAGCUCAUCCCUGUCAAAGGAGUGUGACAACUAAUGAAAGCCUAGGGAAGUACUUAAAUGGGAGCCUUCAUGAGGAAGCUCUCAUCAGUGGCCCUAAGAUCAAUAUCAUUAGUAGAGACACAGUUUCUGCUGAAAGUAGUUCAGGUGUUCUUUCAUGUAUCCCUGCAAAUCAACAACACAAGAGCACAGCAGACCAUGAGCAGACCAUCUGUAAGAAGGACUUACCACCCGAACAAGGCAAGUGUAACAGAGAGCCAAGCAAAGGGAAGAGUCACUCAUGCAGAGAUGUGCAUAACCAUCAUAGCAAAGAUAAAAUUGAAAAAAGCAGACACAGAAGGGACUUAAGUAGUGAGGAUGAAAAGUGCAGAAAAGAGAGACGCCUCCAUAAAAAAUACUCUACAAAAAGUAGCCCUCGUCACCAAAGAAGCUUAAGUCGAGAACACGGACGACAUCGGCAAGCCUGUAGUAGUGACAGUGAGCAGGAUAAAAGAGGACGUAGUCAUGGUCACAAGAGCAUGAGCAGGAAACAAAAACACCGGAAGAGAUCUUUGAGUAACCAAAGAAGCACUUGGAGUAGGUAAUAAGAAGACUUAACCUUCUGUAAGGUCUGUCUAAGAAAUGACUGGAGUGGACUCCUCCAGUGCAGGAAGGGAAAGAAGACUAAUAGGAAAUUUUACUUGAAUAUAGUUUAUGAAGACGAGAGACAUAUAACCAAACUUUUCAAAAUACGUUUCAGACUUCUUACCUGUUGACUCUGUGCUGGCUUACUGCAGUACCAUAAAUUCUUACUGUUCUUGCUUACAUUUUCUCUGCGAUAAUUAGCCUAAUUAGGCUUUCAUCAUUUCACAUUUUUCUAAAUUCUCCCCUUUCGUCCGUUUUAGCAAUGACAGCAAUCUUUUAUUUAAGAACUGGCAUGUGUAUGUUUCUAAUAAGACAUGUAAACUUGGCAAGUGGCUGUAUACUUGAUUCACAGGAAUUGAAUGAUUCCAUGCAGGUUUUUUUGCUAUAAGAAUUGGUGCUAGAUGCAACCAUAUUUUUAUACAGUGCUGUGAUGCCUUCUUUGCUAUUUUUGACAAUUGCAUACUUGAUAGAUUGAUACAGGGCCUAAAUUGUCAUGAUGUUUGUUAUUUUCCAUGUUUUAGAAUUCUGUUUCAUUUUUAAAAAGUUCCAAAUCUUUUGGAACCUCUGAAAAAGUAGACACAGAUGCUGCGCACAGCAGUUGCAUUAACAUUUGUGUUCAAAACAUUGGUUGUUCUUUACAUGCAAUUUUGUAGAUGUCUGUAUUUUGAAAGAGGGGCCUUCCUGCUAAAUUAUUUUUAUGUGCAAUGUUCUGGUUCAGAGUUGUAUUUUCUCUUUUUUUAUAACAUCUUUGCUUCUGGAAAUGAAGCUCAGGAAUUCCCCAAGUUAUCACCUCAGUGCAAAACCAGCUUUUUUUACCAUCUGAUGGUAAAACCAGAGAGCCAAUGUCAGUGAACCCAAAACACUGCUUCACAUUUCGGUACAUUAAAGAUCUAUACAUGUACACCAUUAAA